AUGUCUAAAAAUCAAGACAAAAAGAUGAGUGGGUCGUGUGUGGAAACUCCAGAAGCACCUGCUUGGCUAUCUAAGUUGGAAAGUCAAAGAGAAAAAUUAAGUAAAGCUCGACUUGGACACGAUAGCGGCGCCGGUGCACCCUGUAACUCAUGCGGACCAUCAUGCCCUGGUCUGGACCUGCACUUCUGGAGGAAGGUCUGCCGUUCAUGUCACUGCAGUAAGGAUGUUCAUGAUGUUCAAGAUGAUGACCUAUCAGGCUGGGCACAGUUUGAGCUACUGGGUACUGCUAGACCUAAGAAGGCUUCAAUGCCCCUGAUUAAAAUUCGUGGAGUUACUGACAAACCUGUGAAACUAGACUGGGUGCCUCCAAAUGCGUCAACUGAGUUGGUAUCAGAGUACAUGUCAUGUCUGGGCAACCUGGCCCCGGUGUCCGGUUCGGAGGCGGCUCGUAAACGACGUGCUCAGCUCAGGACACAGCUACCGCCGCACGAUGUCGCGCCUGCCGUACGACAACACGCAUCCGACUUUGAGAAGUCAGAACAUACUGAAUACAUCACGCGCAUUAAGGACCAUGUCGUCGGUAUGGGCAAUGUCGUCAGGGUAGGCCCUCUACAAAACGGCGAAAUCUACUCUGUUGAGAACAGCAAAGUACAUGGCGCGACUAAAUCUUACGCUCUUCCCCUCAAAAUAUCCAACGUAUCCAGGGGAGUCAAAUACAACAUCGUUCCUAAGAAUGCGUCUGAUAAGAAGUUGGUCUUAGAUACACAAGGAAAUGUCGUCAGCAGUGCUGCCAAUCUCCCAGACUACAAAUCCAGUCCCAUAUUGAGUCGCAUCGUGAAAGACAAACUGCAUAUCAUGCGCAUCGAAUCAGAUAGAAUUAAGAGCGCGGUAGAACAUGGCCCCGUCUACGAUAAACUGUUCAAAAACUUAGAGGACUUGAAUAUGCCUGUCACUAAUGACGUGUAUCUACAACCAAUCAAGCUAUUCAGAGAGGAGUACAACAAUAAUCCUCAAUUUAAAGACGAAACAACUGAGUUUUCCAGUAAGUCCCUUGGAGCUCAAAUUAUGCCAGACUUGUGGUCCAACAGCAACAAUAAUAUUAUGGGUACAGCCAAACUCUUGGAUAGUAGGAUUCAAAAAGGUACCAUUUUCGCUCCAAACGGAGAGAUAUGGAGCUGGAAACAUGAGCCAGUCACUCCUGAACACAGUGGCACUCUUUGUUCCACGAAAAUCAAUCCUCAGUACUCGACUGUUACUAAGCCGAUAAAUCAGGUGGAACCACAACAGACUGCGCCGUUAAGAGAAUAUCUCAGAAGUCACUCUGAAGAUGACCUUCCACCUCCACCAUUGCCGAACUACAGCACAUAUCCAGGCGCUGUACCACCAACUGCCGGAACAGAUUGGAAUAACCAGCCAGUUGAUAAUGUUCACCCUAUUGGUGAUAGUGCUGACUACUUACCUCUGCCGCAAAAUUACGCCGAAGGUACGGAUCAAGUCAUUGAUCAGCUCGCAGAUUUAUCGCUCAGUCCAGCUGAAGUAGAAUUUAACAGGAAGCUUUAUAAUGAAGGAGUGCCUUGCCAACGUUGUAAUAAGUCGAUGUUCGCUGGCGAAGUUGCAGUCAAAGCCGAGAGGGCAGGUCAUGAAGCCAUUUGGCAUCCACAAUGUUUCACAUGCAGCAAAUGUAACGAGUUGCUGGCUGACCUUGUAUACUUCUUCUACAAAGGUGAGAUUUAUUGCGCCAGAGAUUUGGCUGAUGUUUUGGAAAUCCCGCGUUGCGCCGGAUGCGACGAGCUGAUAUUCACGCGUCCGUAUACAGCGGCGGAAGGAAGGGCGUUCCAUGUGCAACAUUUCUGUUGCUAUCACUGCGAUGCCCCGCUCGGUGGUAAAAAGUACGUCCCCGAUGAUAAGACUGGGCUUCCGAUAUGUUUACAAUGUUACGAUCAGUUUUACGCUGAACGUUGUCGCGCCUGCAGUGGAGUUAUAGGGCCUGAGCAGCAAGGUGUGUCCUGGGGCAACAUGCACUGGCACGCCGACUGCUUCAUGUGUUCAGGUCGGAUGUGCGGUAAAAGCUUACUGAGCGGACGAUUCGUCGUCAAACAAGAAAUGCCGUUUUGUAGCGUGGCAUGUGUUCAGAGCAGAAUUAAGUAA